GCCCUGGUAGCAUAGCGUUUAAGAGCUUGGCUGCUAACUAAAAGGUCAGCAGUUGAAAUCCACCAGCUCCUUCUUGAAAAACCCUAGGGGCCAGUUCUACUCUGUCCUGUAAGGCUGUUAUUAGACUGAUAUCACUCAAGGCACACAACAAGAACAAAAUCAAGGAGACCACUUGGGUAUUUAUUCAGAUGGAAAUUUUUUUGUUGAUAUGAUAACAGAAGUGAUAGAAAACAGAAGAAGGGAGGAAGGUAGAGAGGAUGGGACAGAGGCAGAUGAAAGGAAAGAGUGGGAGAGGGAAGGAGACAGAAAAAAUAUUUGUAGUGUUCACUUCAUUUCACAAUACAAAUGUGAGGAUUUCUCUAAAAUAAGCAAUCUUUGUACAUCUGUUUCCUAUCACUUCCAUCAUGAGACUAAUCAACAACAUGACAUCAAAAAACCAAACUGGUAUAGCAGCAUUCUCCCUCCUGGGGCUCUCAGAGGAUUCAGAACUGCAGCCCUUCCUCUUCGGACUAUUCCUGACCAUGUACCUCGUCACUGUGUUGGGGAACCUACUCAUUAUCCUGGCCAUCAGCUCAGACUCCCACCUCCACACCCCCAUGUACUUUUUCCUCUCCAACCUGUCCUUCACUGACAUCUGUUUCAGCACCACCACGGUCCCCAAAAUGCUGAUGAACAUCCAGACACAGAGCAAAACCAUCAGUUACACAGGCUGCCUCACCCAGGUUUGCUUCCUCAUGAUAUUCGCAGGCAUGGAAAAUUUUCUCCUUGCAGCAAUGGCCUAUGACCGCUAUGUGGCCAUCUGCCAACCACUGAGGUACACAGUCAUCAUGAACUCUCACCUCUGUGGCCUGCUGAUUCUGCUGUCCUUGCUUAUUAGUUUGAUGGAUGCCCUGCUCCACAGUCUGAUGAUACUAAGGCUGUCCUUCUGCACAGACAGGGAAAUCCCUCACUUCUUCUGUGAACUUGCUCAGGUCAUCAAACUUGCCUGCUCCAAUACUCUUGUCAAUAACAUCCUGACAUAUUUACUAAGUAUACUGGGUGGUGUUACUUUCCUUGGGAUUAUUUUCUCUUACAUUGAAAUUGUUUCUUCCAUUCUGAGAAUACCAUCAGCUGGUGGAAUGUAUAAAGCUUUCUCCACCUGUGGUUCUCACCUGUCAGUGGUUUUCUUAUUCUAUGGGACAGCUUUUGGGGUGUACAUUAGUUCUGCAGUUACUCAUUUUUCCAAGAAGACAGCCGUAGCCUCAGUGAUGUACACUGUGGUCCCUCCAAUGAUGAACCCAUUUAUCUACAGCCUGAGGAACAGGGACAUGAAGGGAGCCUUGAAGAAACUCCUGUGGAGAACAUCUUUUUCAUGAUUGUAUUAUCUGCCUUAGCCUUGGGCUUCUAGAUGAGUCAUAGUGAAAUUGUACUGGGGGAAUCAGAAUGUUACAUUUUUGUGGUAACAAGAGUCUUUUUUUUUUUUUCAUUUUGAUGAUAAAAAGCUUUAUAUGUUUAUCAAUUCAAAUGCAUUUUUACUUAUGAGUAUAUUUAUUUAUUUAUACAUGCUUCUGUCUUGUGACAAUUUUUACCUUAUUAGCAAGACGUGUUAAAGCAUUUAUUUAUUUAUGUUUAUUUUGGUAACUAUAUAUGUAAUGAAACAUUUGUCAUUUCAACAUUUUUUACACGUGCCAUUUAGUGACAUUAAUUACUUUCUUCAUGUUGUGCAAUCAUCACCACUAUUCAUGUUUAAAUUUUUCCAUCACUCUUAGCCAAUGUCCCUAAGCAAUGAGUCUCCCUUUCUUUUUUCUUACUCACUGACCCUGAUAAGCAGUAAUAAACUUUGGUCUCUAUACACUCGCUUAUUCUAGGUAUUUCAUUUAUGUGGGAUCAUAUAGUAUUUGUCCUUUUGUAACUGACAUUUCAUUCAGCAUAAUGUUUUCAAGGUUCAUCUAUGUUGUAGGAUGUAUCAGGACUAUUUCUCUUUAUGGCAAGUAGUACUCCAUUGCAUUAUGACAUUUUGCUUAUCCAUUCAUCUGUUGAUGGGCAUUUAGCCUGUUUCUGCCUUAUGGCUAUUGUGAAUAUGCUGCAAUGAACAUUGGUGUACGAGUAUCUGUGUUCUUGCCUUCAAUUCUUUUGCUACAAUGGCUAUAUACCAUAGUGACUAACAGUAGUGCAAAAUAGGUAUGGGAAGCUGACUUUGCUCCUCUCUAGCUUUGUGAUAUUUGAUUGAUUGUGUGCUAGGACAGGUUUUCCCAGGUUACCAGAUGGCUGCAUCACUUACAGGCAUUGUAUACCGGAAAGCUGACUAUGCCUUUUUUUCUUUUCUUUUUCUUUAAUAAAGAGGUUACUUUUCCAAUGACUCUUUUAGAAGACAUCCUUUCACAGCUGAUGUGCCUGAAUUGGGACAUACAAAACCCUUCAUAAACCAUUCUCUGGUUAAGGGAAUGGAAUUAUUAUGAGUGGAUUUGACAUAUUGCCUACAGCAGUUGUUCUCCAGCGUUAAUGUGUAUGAGAACUGGAGAACUUGUUAAUUCACAGAUUCCUGGGCUCAUCCUCAGCGAUUUUGGUAGCCCUGGUGGUGCAGUAGUUAAGCAUUUGCCUGCUAACCAAAAGGUAGUGCAUUUGAAUCCAACAAAUGCUCCUUGUAAACCCUAUGGGUGCAGUUCUACUCUACCCUAUGGAGCUGCUAUGAGUCAGAAUUGACUCAGCAGCAAUGGGUUUGGCUCUGGUUAUUGUGAAGUGGGCCUCUGAAUGUGCAUGUCUGACAAGCUCAUAGCUGAUUUCACUGUGGAUAGUCCAAGUAUUACAGUUGGAGUGACACUGAUCAAGAAUGCAAUUACCGUUGGGAACGCAGUAGGCACCAUGUCUGGCAUACCGUAAGUAUUCAAUGAAAUUUAGCUAAUAUUGUAUUCCAUAUAUAGCCAUCUAUUCUUGGACCUUGCAAUCUUUUUGCUUUCGCGCAUUUUUUAACAUUUGCUUUAGCAGUUAGUUUUCCUCAUCUUUAUUUAAAUAUGUAUCAGUGUUUUGAGUGAAUCUAGUAAUAUAAUCAAAGACACAAUUAUGGGUUUUGCAGGCUAAGAUGAAUUAUGUUUCCCUGACAGUUAAUUUCCUUUGAUUCCUUCUCAUUGAUUACCUGCUAGCAAUGAGUUUGACUUCUUUUUACCUCGUGUCACCCUUUCUGUUGUUUCUUAUUCAUUUCAGAUGAAAUCCACACAUCAAAUGUGCUUGAAUAAAGCUAAUAAGGCCACUGUAGUCUUUGAAGGACUCAACUGUAUAGGGGAGGUGUUGGAUGUGACACUAUAGGGAAGCAAGGAGAAAGUUUGGUUUUAUCGAGGAUCUUUUUUGAUCUAAGGAGAUAAUUCACAGUGAGAAUGGAUGACUCCCUGGAAAACUGAAUGCCAGAGAGCCUUUUGUUCUCAUCCUCACUGACUUCCAUUAUUUUCACGACCACUUCUGGGGACAGCUCUCAGACUGGCCUCCACGGCAUUUGCUAGGGCAGGAUUUCACCCAGUGAUGGCCUUAGCCACCUGCAGCAUCUUGGGUCUUUGUUAAAUCUGCAGCUAUCUGCCCCUCAUUCAAGGACCACUGACUCUGGACCCUGUGGAUAGGCCCUUAGAGAAAACAUGGUUAAAAAGACCCUUGUGAAAUAGUGAUGAGUUCUAUAUUCUGGAAACAUAUCUUUAAUACUAGAAUGUAUUUAAAAUAUGAUACAUGAAAGAUUACUUUUUGUGAAACAUAGCACACAUAUAAAAUUUGUGUAAUUUAACUAUUUUUCUUAUAGAAUAUUCAUAUAAUACGAACAUAUAUGUCCACCACUUAAAUAGAAAAAUAACAUUUACAGUCAUCUAGAAUCCUCCUGUGAGACUCUCAGUCUAAUCAUCCUCCCUCUUGCCAAGAAAUAACCACUAUCCUGAAUUUUGUAUUUAACAUUUUCUUAGCUAUUCCUUAUAUUGGGUUGAAUUCUAUGAAAUUCCCAGCGUUUCACUCUUUUUGACAUAUAAAAGUACUGUUUUCAUGUAUUUCAACGUAAUAGUCUUACUACCUCUACAUAUAUCCCUUUCUUCCACUUCAUAAAUGGAAUGUACGGAAAACCCGCAGCUAACAUUGUACUUAAUGGACUGCAUAC